CUACACCUCGAUCCUCGUGCGUGGCUCCUUCUUAGGCCACAGCUCAUCUUCUUCUUCUUCUUCUUCUUCAUCUCCUCUUCACUUCCUUUUCUUCUCAUCUCCACCUCUAUAUCUGUGUCCCUCUCUUUCACUUCUCCUUCGUUCUUCUCUCCUUCCUUGGGGGUAUCUCUCUCUCUUUCUCUCUCUACUUCGUAACUUUCAAAAAAAAUUUCUCUCCGUUUGAUGCCUCUGUUCAACUCUUUUUCCGAAAACACCCCUCUCUCUUCUAUCACAACAAGACCAACAAGCAUGGGCUCUUCUCAAAACUGGCUAGGCUUCUCCCUCUCCAAUCAUCAUAACCCUGCAGUUGCAGACUCUUCACAGCUCUGCCUCUUCGAAGCCUUCAACACCACCACCAACAAAAACAACAACCCUCAUUGUGGGGUUGACAGUAGCGUGGAAGAAGAUGGAAGCAGAGGAUCGAAUCUGCCGAUGCUCACAUCCGGUCCAAAGCUGGAAGAUUUCCUUGGCGGAGCAGGCGGCGCCGCUGGUGGUCAAGCGUCGUUCUGUCAGUUUCCUGGUGAGAAUCAAGUGGCGGUGGCUGACACCACUGGUAUUUAUGGUUCAGAGCUGAAAACAAUCGCUGCUAGUUUCUUGCGUGGCUACUCAAUGGAACAAACUGGGACAGAGAAACCGGUUGCCCUGGUCGAAUCUGCUUCAAAGAAAGCUGUUGAUACCUUUGGCCAGAGAACUUCGAUUUAUCGAGGAGUCACCAGGCAUAGAUGGACUGGAAGAUAUGAAGCUCAUCUAUGGGAUAAUAGUUGCAGAAGAGAAGGGCAGAGCCGCAAAGGAAGACAAGUUUAUUUGGGUGGUUAUGAUAAAGAAGAGAAAGCAGCAAGAGCGUACGACCUUGCAGCUCUCAAGUACUGGGGUCCAACUACUACUACAAAUUUUCCGGUCUCUAACUAUGAAAAGGAGCUGGAGGAGAUGAAGAAUAUGACCAGGCAGGAGUUUGUUGCUUCACUCAGAAGGAAAAGCAGUGGGUUCUCCAGGGGAGCUUCAAUCUAUAGAGGUGUCACAAGGCAUCAUCAACAUGGUAGAUGGCAGGCAAGAAUAGGUAGAGUUGCAGGCAACAAAGACCUCUACUUGGGAACCUUCAGGACCCAAGAAGAAGCAGCUGAAGCCUAUGACAUUGCAGCAAUCAAGUUCAGAGGUCUGAAUGCAGUGACCAACUUUGACAUGAGUAGAUAUGAUGUGAAAAGCAUAGCUAACAGCAAUCUUCCUAUUGGAGGCAUCACAAACAAGACCAACAAGACAUCUUCAGAAUCAGCUUCUGAUAAUAAGAGUGGGUCAGAUGAUAGAGAUCAUCUCUCUUCAGCAUCUUCAGUGUCCUUUGUUUCACAGCCUUCAUCUACAACUCUCAGCUUUGCAAUACCCAUUAAGCCAGACCCAUCAGAUUACUGGUCCAUCCUUGGUUAUCAUAAUCAGAACCAAAAUAAUCCAUCUCAAACAGCAACAACUAUAAGCUUAUAUCAAGAUGGGUUCUUAAAUGGUGGAAUGGAUUUCUCUGCAACUUCUGGUGGUGCUGCAAAUGGGAGCAAUAAUAAUGGAUUCUUGAAUGGAGGAGUAGGAGGGUUCGUAGGAGGGCCACAGUGUGGUAGUACAAAUGGUUCAAUUUCAAUCCCUUUUGCUACACCCAUUACUGUGAGUGGUAGCAGCAGCAACAGUUAUGAGGGCUCUAGUUAUGGGAGUUGGAUUGCGCCAUCUCUUCAUGCAUUUCAAUCUGCAAAACCUAAUCUUUCAGUGUUUCAGACCCCCAUUUUUGGAAUGGAAUGAUCUCAUCCAUCAGAGACUCACAGUGUAGAGGUGAAAAGAGAGAAUAUGUGAGGUGGGUCAUGGGUGGGGGAGGACUGUUGCUAACAUGCGCAGCUACUAGCUGGAGCUCUACUUACCUGAAAAGAUGAGAUGAAACUGACAUUCCGUUCAGGGUAGCAGAGAGAUGACAGUGAAGACUAACAGAAAUCUAAGCUUACUGAGUCCCUUUCUUUUUCUUUUUGGUUUUUUGCUUAAGUUCUUUUACUUUUGUACUGACAUGAUUUAUAUGAGUAUAAUCGGAAAGAGCUCCUUCUGUAAUCUUUAUGUUAGUAUCAAUCCUAAGACUCUUCAUUUCGGAUUCCA